AUGUCGUUGGCGAGUCCUGCGGCCCGUCAGCGGCGCCUGUCGUCGUCGCCGGCCACAACGUCGAGUCUCACGGAUGAUGCCACAAGUGUUACGGAUGGAAGUGGCGGCACCCCGUCAGUACUCGUCGGUCUGCCGAGUUCCUCGCGUGAUUUGCUGCAGCGGAUUGAGCGGCAGAAGGAUGAGAUUCGAAUUCUGCAGGAGGAGAACACACGACUGCGGGGACGAGAGGUGGAGGUGUCGGCACUCACACUUCGUCUGCAGCAGCAGUUCGCCGCCACGCAGUCGCAGGUGGAUCGUCUCAAGUCGCAAAUACGAAUGGAGUUGAUGAACCCCGUGACGGAGGAGGAGUAUCAUGCGAUUGACUCGUUAGAAGAGGGAAAGCGGGAUCUCCUCGAUACGGUGAGGCUUGGUAUCUAUCAACAGCUGGGAACGAUGCGGGCCUCAAAGGAUACAGCAGUGAAACGGGCAACAGAACUGGCAACGGAAACGGCACGUCUCACCGGUGAAAACAAGGAAUUGCAACAGCGAUUGAAAGAAUUAGAGGCUGUUGUGGAGGCGGAGAGGCAAUCGUUUCGUCGUCAACUACAAGAAGCAGAACAGCGCGGCAGUACGGUUGUGGAGUUAGAAGGCAAAUCACGUGAUUUGGAAGCCAGACUGCGUAACGCUUAUAUGGAUCAGGAACAGUUUCUUACCGCAAAAUUAACUGCUUCUAUAAAAACGGAAGAGGCCACGCGGCUUUCGGUUCGGUUGCGUGAGGCGGAAAUGGAAGCAGAGCGGUACAAGACGAGUGCAGAAUGCUCGGAACAAAAAUUAGACAUAUUAAAAUCGGAAUAUUAUGAAUUAAAAUUAAAAAACAGUCAACGUGUGAUGGAACUUGAGGCAUGUCUUAAAGCAGCAGAAGAGAAGCUUAAGACACUUUCAGAUCUUGAGUUGGAAUCAGAGUUAUUUAUAUCGAACUUGGCGCAGCAGAGUGAUGGGCAGAUCUCACUUGCUGCUCCUGUGGCUGUGACGAAUGCAGUCAGUGGUGGUCCUGGUGGCUCACAAACUGCACCUACAUCUGUGAACGCUUUAAACAAUUAUGAGAGUUGGUUAGCCUUGCCGCGAUCACGCAAACUCGCACAUACUUUAACGGUAACGAAACGAUGUCUACAGCUAGAGAACCGUGUGACAGCAUUGCAGCAUGAUAUUGAGUUUAAAGAUAAGCAAAUCGCACGUCUGCAAGCAUCACUAGAAAUGGCACGUGAGGCUUUGAAUAAUUCUAAUAGUCCCUUUGCCAUUGUGGAACGCACGGUAGAAAAACUGAAUGCAGAAAAUGAAGACCUUAACAAUAGAGUAGUAGUUCUCUCAGAGGAAAAUGCAGUGCUUCGGCAACGAUUAGAACAGCGUACAGCUGAUGUACAGGUACUGUGCCGUCAUCGUAAAGAACUUUUACGUAUUCAACGAGUAUUACGACGACUUGGUUUGGAGGGACAAGUAGCAGAACCAAUUUCCUUGAUGCCUUCAUCAGUUACUCAACAGCAACAACAGCAGCAGCAACAACAACAACAGCAGCAGCCAAUGCCACAACGACAACGAACAACAGAAGAUUUAGUGGAUCAGUUUUCCGGCGGUAUUCGUUUUCUUGCAUCUCGACGAGAUCAUCCGAUUGAUUCACCACGAACGGAGACUCAACAGCGUACAAAUGAUUCGCUACGAACGACAAGAGACUCUGAGAUGCCAGCGGCAUCAGCAGAAGAACGUCAACAGCAGCACCGCUCAUCGGAAGAAGAGCCCACAUCUAGUGGUGUAUUUAUACCACGAGCCAUUCAGAUUAGCUCGUGA